UACAAGUAGAAGUGUACAAAGUGUAGACGCACAUAAACUAGACUUUUGCGAUGAGGAUUGGAGUUCAUCUUUACUCUUAUUGUAGGGGAAGAAAGAAAGUAGUAGUAGUAAACGGACGGGACUGGACUGGACUGGACUGGACUAGAGUAGAGUCGGGGAGGUUAGUAGCGUUCGCUCGCGAUAGAGAGCAGGAAAAGGUUUGGUAAAGAAAGGCUGGCUGCUGCUGUAUGGAUUUGUUUGGAGGACGGAUGGGAGAGAAGGUCGUAGAGAUAGAACGAACGUUUGUUCAUGUAUAGCAUAGCUGGCAGGACGAGAGGGCAAAAGUGUGCAUUUAGCCAAUGUGGCAGUGUACACGAAAUACUUCGAGUCGUCUUGUAAACUACUACUACUACUUUGCCUACUACUGAGGUCCCCGAGAACUACUUCCAGUCAAAGACAGACAGAUAAUCCAGAAACAUAUCACUUCUAGGACCAGAUUGGGAGCUGUUCCUUUACAACGGGCGAUCUGCUGCGCCUGCCCGUGACUCUUCUUCCAGCUCUUCCCCUGUCUCAGAUCAGUCGUUCGUCUCCGGGAAGUCGACCACUGCUGCUCAUGUACAACGGGCGUCAGAAGGAUUAAGGGAGGUCAAUUCCUCAGCAAUUUGCCGAAUUUCCUUAAAAACCGAUAUUGAUGCUUCGGAAGCUGGCAUUCGUGACGAUGAAGGGGUGGUUGGAAGUUAUGUAUGCCCAAAUGUGCACCACACCAUGAUCUUGGGCUGCGAAGGAUUGGCCAACUGUCACUGUGGGCUCCAAAGCUUGGAAGUUCCUGUGAGUAGUGGCAACAGGUGGGAGAAUUCUGCCCGCCAGUUUGUCACCAACUCUUGCGAGAAACUUGGACCACUCAAAUCUAAGGAGUGGUGUCAAUUAGGACCUCUUUUAUCAGAAACGACAGUUGCCAACGACAUUUUUGAUGGAGGUCUAGAUGCUGUCUCAGAAAGUGCUUCGGAGGUGCAAGAAAUGUUGGAAACGGUAUCAGGGUUAGAAAUGCUGAAGCCAUCAGUUAAAGAUGGAGCAGGUCACAUGUUAGGAACAGGAGAAAAAGAAGAUAAGGAGGGUUCGGACGGACAAGACCAUCUAAAGGACUCACCUGAGCAAGCCCACGCCCUCAGUCUAGAGGACCUUUCGGGAACAGUCGAAGAUUUGGAUACAAAGAUGCCAUCAAAUCUGGGCACACAUGGUUUGAGAUCCCUUAUUGACACCGAUACUGUCCAAAAGUUCAAACGGCGACGUUUGACUACACCUGUGGAUGUUUCUCUUGUCAAAGAUAUUAAGUCAUCAUCGGAGACGAAAUCACCCGUGCAUGGCGGGGAUGAGGCCAAUGGACAGUCUCAGUUAAUAAAAAGUGACGGUCCUGAAGUUCUAUGUGCACCUCCUGACACAGAUGAAGAGGUCUCACUGUCAAAGAGUCCUGCCCAAAAAUGCAUCGUUAGUCCCGACGUAGCGAAAGAUACGGCGAAUUCAGGAGACUCCAUCUCCAAGAAUGGUUCAGUGGAGAUUUUGAAGGAAAGUACUGAUGUCUGCCACCGAAGUGAUUCCUCUAGUGUUGGUGGAUCACGAGGAUUUUCCGUAGAUCGAGAGACAGUGGACCAGUGCAUAUCCUCGCUUCCUAAAUCCGUGGAGGUUUUGCCUGAAGCUCAUGGUCCUAAAAGGAGAGAGUGGCUAGCUCAGCAUCAUGGUGACAAUGUUGAGGACACGACCACACAUAAUACCCAUACAGGGUUUGCAGGCUGUGUUGGGGGUUUAUACAGAUAUGCCAUUGACAAUCGCCCUCCAGCACCUCAUCCUGGAACCGUGGGGGAUUCGGCUUCUGUACAGUUUUGUAAGGUAUGUGGAGAGCGUGAAGAUGCUAAUAGUUCUCUCAUAUGUGACGAGUGCGACCAAGUCUUCCAUAUGACUUGUGUGAACUCUCGAAUGAAAAUUGUGCCCCGAGUUGACGAAUGGUACUGCCGCCCUUGUAAGAAGAUGAAGAAACACAGAGAAGCAUGCGGUGAUUCAGAGCCUGGAGGGGAAAACAAGGGUUGGUGGAGGGAGGAUGCCGGGAUUGGCAAAGUCGAGAGGGAGCUGAUGAAAAUGAGCAAUGGGAAGAGGACGAAGGUUCGCAUUGGACCCAAGUACCAGGCCGUGGUGCCUGAUUGGGUUGGAAUUGAGGAGGAGGUAGAUCUAGACGAUACUCUUGCAGAAGCAUCCCACGUUUUUGGACAGGAGGUUGUCUUAACCGGUCAAGAAAAGCAGCGGGAACAGGAGAUUGCUGAAUAUAAUCUUUUGAAAAAUAUCUGGCCGAAAGGAUGGCUUCCUGCCACUAAGCUACCGCCAAAUUCCAAAGAGAACUGGCUUCAGUGUAUGAUUGUCCUGUGGGAGGAAGGAGAAACUUGCCCAGAUGGUAGAAAGGCUGAUAAAGAUAUCAUCUGUGGCAAGUGGCGAAGAGCCCCAUUAGAGGUCAAACAUAAUGAUGCGUGGGAGUGCUCAUGCGCUCUUGUGUGGGACCCUCGGCAUGCAGACUGCGCCGUACCUCAGGAGCUUACGGAUGAGGAGAUUCAAAAAAGGAUAAAACAGAAUCCUUGUGACCAAGAAGCACCAUCGUUAUAAGCCUUGUUCUUGGGAGGUUGUUCAUGGUCUAUCUUAGAUGAGAAUUGUUGUAGUACAACUCGAGGAUCACUACGGGAAGGAGUAUGAUGCAAUUUAACAAGACCGGCGCUAGAUGUGAUACUGUAUAAUACUUCAGCCAUCCCUCAAAAAGGCCGUUGUUUCGCCACAUUCGCCAUCACCAAGGAAGCUACUACAAGCAUAAACUUUGCCAUGACCAUAAUCUGCUUAUGAGGUGUCACCGUCGAAUGGGCUUGUUCUGCAUAAGAUCUGUUGAAAAGCUUGAUCGUCGACUUUCUCAAAGUUCUUCUGGCAAAGCAGUGAGGGAUUUUUUGGAUUAGAUACUUGUGAUUGUUAUUUACAUUACGUUGUUACGUUAUCUGUCGUACAGUGGCGUUGGAGAUUUACAAGUCCUGGAGGAUGGGACUAAGCUAGUCAGUUUAUUUACGAUGGGUUCAACCUACUGUUUCAACGUUAGACCCCUUGGGGGUAGAUAAGAUGUUAUAGAGAAUCAUUUCGAGGUAGGCAAUUUUGCAGCUUUGACAGACUGCCGACCUGACCAAUAUCCAGGUGGAGAAUUCGUAAUGAGGAACACAAUGAAGCUGCCAAAGUUAACAGACCUGCAUAUUGGGCUGGAUUGACGUAUUACAGCGGAGUGUUUGAUUGUUCUCUAUCCCAGUUUAUGAACAUGUGCUACUGUAUCCGAGCAGUCUACGAGCUGGAUCUUGUUCUGGCAAAAUGGUGCCCAUAUCCUUCCACAUUCACCCGA